AAGCAUUCAGCAGGUGCGCGAUGAUGUAGUAUCUUACAUUUGUUACAUAAUAAGAUAGUACAAAAUACACAUACUAACUUUUUACAUGGUAUUUGGUUCGGACAGUUGACUAUGUAUUUUCUAAAACUUGUCAGUGUGCUCGCGAUUUCUCUUGUUGUUGAUUGUCUUCUCAUUCACAGUGUACCCAGGAAAUCAGUUGUUGAUACAAUUGGACCUACACAUCGGGCUGUUUGGGGACCGUGGGGUCGUGCGCAGUAUUGUGCGGAAGGUACUUAUGCUGCCGGAUAUGAAAUGAAGAUUGAGCCUAUCCAAGGGCGUUAUGACGAUACGGCACUUAACGCAAUUACGCUUGUGUGUUUGUCGCUAGAAGGAAAACACUUUGGUGGAACAAUCACUUCAGCUGGUGGAAUGUUUGGAGACUGGGGUGGCGCACUUAUGUGUCCUGAAAAUAUGUUUCUAAAAGAGUUUGCGUUACAAGUUGAAGAGUUCCAACAUAAUGGGGACGACACGGCUGCGAAUUAUAUUAAGUUCAAAUGUGGACGUAUGGAUUCUGAGCGGUCUAGAUAUGAACUUGCACAUGCGCCAGGAUAUGGGUUCUGGGGAGAAAUGACUGGAUGGAGUAGGGCAUGUCCAACAAACUCAGCAAUAUGCGGCAUACAGACUAGAGUGGAAGAUUAUCAACAUAACGGAGAUGACACUUCCCUUAAUGAUGUCAAAUUCUUCUGUUGCAAUGAUGAUUCUUGGAAAUGUAAAAUGUAAAAAUUUAAAACUUUAUUUUCAUUCCUUACUGUUGUUAAUUUGUUUUAUUGGAUUUAAAAUCACACUGACACUUUAAAAGCGAUUUUCCAGUUUUACUUUUGGGAGAAUACAUGGCGGGAUUCGAAUCCAAAGUGAUUCAAAUAUAUAUACAGGUAUAAAACAUGGAUAAUUGAACAUUCAGAAUAUUUUUAGAUGGAUAAUGCUUUACAGUAAUGUCAUGUACAUUUUACAGUAACUGUAUUUUUCUUUUAAAGGCACAUUAUGAUUGAGAAAUUCAAUACUUUAGAAAUGUCAAACAUGGGUUUAAUUAUGUUUUAAUAAUGGAUUUAGAUUUUAACAGCAUGUUAGAUGAUAAACAUCUCAAAAAGAAGCACUGAACAUGCAGUUUUGUGUCCAAAAGGUAGCAAAAUGUAAACAAAGUAGUAUUUGACUUACAAACAAAAUACCAAUGCACUAUAAUUAUACCGUUUGCCAACAGAGCCGCAGCUGCAAAAGGUAGUCCAUGUAUAUGCUUUGAAAACAGUAACAAGAUACCAAAUUAAAGUUAAAAGUUUUUGAAAAGUAAAUUGAAUUGGAAGCAUUUCUGAGAUAUAAUUCGCCUUUAAUUAACAGAUGAUAUUUUAAAGCAGCACGCCUCCAGAUUCAUGUUAAUAGUCAUGAAAAUUUUGGAGAUGUAUUAAAACAUAAAAUAUUGUAAGCUGAACAAAUAAAGUAAUUUACAUAUUGCAAUCGGCACUUACAAUCAAAGAAAAUUACCAAAAAGGUGUCAACAUAAGCAAAAAUAGCCCUUACUGUGUUAGUAACGAAGUAGAAAUAUGGUAAUAAAAACUGCAAAAUCAGUCUUAAACUGCAUAUAACUUGAAAAAUAUAACUUGGAUCUGGAAUGUUUACUUUUCUUAAAUGUUUAGUACAUUUUCCACAAUAUUGAUUUUCUUGAAAUAUUUUGACUCAUCUGGAGGAGUGAAGCUUUAACACUUUAG